CGCGGUCGCGCGUCGGUGGGUAGAGGAUCGAGGAGGGGAGGAGGAGGUAAUAUCGAAUGUCGUCAUGCUCUCGUCGCUGGCGGCGUUCCUAGUCCUCCUCGUCUUCCUGCGGGGCCUCUACCUCACAGUUUCCAGGUUCUGGUGGCGAGACGCGGGACGAAGACCCUCCGUCCGCUAUCGUAAGGACUCCCAUCUCUGUCCCGAUAUCGUCCGGGCAUGCACAACCCUCACCCACAAGUACAGACCUCCACUGUUGUGGGGAGACAGUGGUCAUAUCCAGACGGCCUACAACGUCCUCGUGGGCCACGUCUUUGUCCCAUCUCCCGUGGGAGAUAGACAGUCUCUCUCCACUCCCGAUGGGUCCACUGUGACCUAUGACCUCUACCAGCCACAGCACCCCACCACCUCCUCCCUCUUCUUCCUCCUCUGUCCUGACAUAGGAAACUGCAGCGAGACGUUCUACAUCAGAUCAUUUGUCCACUACCUACUGAGCAAUGGACAUAAUGUGGCAGUUCUCAACCACAACAUCGUCGCAGUAGCUGCUGGGUUUGUGGAUGGACUAAAGUAAGCAUCAUUCCUAUACUCAAUCAAACCCUCACUUUAGCUAUAUACACACAAUUCUUUCACUUGCUUACAGUUGUAGCUUUUAUUGCUGGCAAGUGAAGCUAGCCUACCUAGCUAGUCGUCUGAAUGUGAGAUAUGUUGUACCACACACUGCCACUGCACAUACAGUAAUGUUCCAUGUAACGCUCAAAAAAGUAAACGUAAUUCUAUCUUAGCACGUGCGAUAAAAUGCACUGCUCGCACUCACUUGCCAUAAUAUGUUCUAUUAUAGUACGUUAUAUUACAGACCCACUGUUCUAUUGGUAGGUAUGGUGCCAGUACCAAGAGUGCAGUCAUAAGAAUAGGACUCCAGGAGAUGUGGAGAUUCAUCUCUUUCUACUAUAAGGU